AUGGAUGCUAGAAAUACCGACAUCGUCACCCAGCGACUUCAUCAAUUGCUUGCUCGACUAUCUACUGAGAACUUAAAAUCCAAUCCUUCACAAAAACAGAAUUUACUGACAAGUGCUCAUAAAUAUCAAUACCCCCAUCGUCGGCCAGAGAGACGAGCGUGGUCAAGAGACACCUCUGACAUACUACCUAAGAUACUGAAGCAGCAUAUCAGAGAUCCAACCAUGGGCGUCAAAGGCACCGAUGACUAUCUAACAGCACGCGCGGCCAAUCCAAGGACCGGCUUAAUCAGUCCCAGUGUUGUAACAAACCUGACUCCGAGAACGCCUAUAUCACCCGCUGAAGCACUCUCACUAUUCGGGACCGACCAUGAACCACCACGGAUUUCUACUCCAAAAGCUCGAAUGCCAGAAGAGCCGCGUGCUGCGAUCCAGAGACCGAGACCAGCGGGUCCACGAGGUCGCUGGCGUCAAGACUCGACAGGAUGGAACAUGGAGCUAGACACUGAGGCAGGAUCUUCCAGGGCGAAUACACCCAAUCCGCCAGCUACGAGAGCCGAUUUCCACGCGAGUGAGGAUAGCUUUGUGAUCCCCAUGCCGACAGCCAAAGAUCCACAGCCGUAUCGACAGGAAGAUCAAGACAAGGCCGUACAAUACUACAAGGACAAAGCACAACGCCUUUCCCAUAAAGAGGGAAUGAAUGGCAGGAUGCACAGCAUUGGUGCCGGACCUCGCAAAUUUGCUCAAGCCACCAAGGCACUUCGAGACUUUAGCAAUCCUCAAUCCCCAACGCCUGACGAAGAGGACACUAUCACAAGAAAAGAAAAGGCAACCUCAUCUUCACCACCAAUGUCUGCAGUUUCAGGAUUCUCUUCAUGCGAGUCUUCACUUGAACGCAGAGAUUCCGCUAAAGAAACCCUGACCAGCAAGAGUCCCACUCUAGGAGGAGCUGAGCGCACACGAUCGAAUUCGAAUGCUUCCCGAUUCCAGGAUCUGCGACAGCUGCCUAGAACCCAACACGAAAAGACUGCGCCCGUACCUCGCGAGUAUAAUUCUACACCACCUCCUCCUUAUCGGACCCACCCAAACACUCCUUCCCUAUCUGGAACGUCAGUGGCCGAAUCACUGUCGCCUCUCGAGACCCAGGUAGUCGGAUUCUUGGCAUGGGCAAUCAAUCAACUGUUCUACAAACCAACAUCAUCAACACGUGAUGGUUCACCACAAGGGCAAAGCAUCGGUAUCGUUCAAGCCAUUCACAUACUAUCAGAUUCGACGACCAAGCCUAUAGAACGUUGGCAGGCGAUCAAAGCUUUGGCAUUUGUGGCAUCAAGAGCGGUCAUGAUACUGUGUUGUCUCGCGAUUGUGGUUCGUAUUGGAACGGCUGUAGGAAGGGUGCUAGCAAUAAUACUUUGGCCUGUCAGUAUAGUCUGGACGAUUGUGAAGUGGAUGCUAGGGUUUGCUUGA